GGCGAAAGGUAUCGGCCUAUACAAGGGUGUCCCCCAGUCAGAAGCUUUCAGUACUUAACCCUUCUAACUGCGCCUACAUCAUUACAGACCCAGACGUUCAGCUGCUGAUGACAUCUAACUGCAACUUGACAUAUGGAUCUAUAUGCGUCAUUGAUCCGGAAACAGAUGGUUCUGACCCAACGACCCCAACCCAGAACUUCCCAGAUAAGAGAAGAAAGAGGGAUCUUUCCAUGGAUAUGCUGGGCAACAUGGCGAAUAACAUGCAGAAUCCAAGCUUUGUUGUGCAGACUGCUGUUAACUUCCUGGAAAUGAUGGAGUUGGGGGUAAUAGAGCCUACAUUUUCAGAGGAGAUGAGGUGCCUACAGUUUCUGAAGAACGUCACAUCAAGUCUCACUUCUGCUGACACGGACCAGUUCAGCAACAUCCUAGGUUGCAGCAAUGGCAUCUUUAUGCUUUCUGCAUCUUCCUGUGCCUAUGAAAGCCUCUCAGAAUCUGAGCACUCAGAUAUGUCAUCUUUGGUAUUUGAAAUCCUUGAAGAAGUGAGUCUCCUGAUGGCCAGUUCUGGAACCGGUGUCACGACGAUAAGCCAGCCUCUGGUGACCAUCACCGUAAGCAGACAGAAAAUCCAGCAACUUGCUGAAAGUGUGAUUGGGGAUGCGGCCAAUGGACCUUAUUACGUGAUGCCUUCCUUAACUGCUCUGGAGUCCUUGCUGAAGCACGACACUGAGGUGAAUGUUCAGAUGUUCUCCUUUAUGGUAAACCCAUUUCCGAACACCCCUAAUGAAAACAUCACAGGGUCGGUGAGCAGUCUGUCCCUCAAGGAUGUGAUUGGAGGAAACAUUAAUUUAUACAACCUGUCAGACAGCAUUCAGAUUUUUCUGCCACGUUCUGAUGCUCCAGAGGUCACUUACCAGAACGUGACGCUCCAGGGAGACACCAUCAUCACCCUGACCUUCGACGUCACUGAUACAAACAGCACCAUCGUCCUCACAAUGGAGUCCAACAUGAAGCACUCCCUGCAGCUUCAGCUGGCUCGUGGCACCCCAUCCCAGAAUCCUCCUUUCCUCUACAGCACCAUAUUGAAUCAAACAAGUGGUUAUCGCUGGCUGAUCACUCCAGACAUGCUGCAGUUGGGUGACGGGACCUGGUACGUGCAGGCCGGCUUGGGAAACUGCACAAAGAAUGACAGCGUCAUAGUGUUGGUCUCGCUCUUCCCCACAAAGUGCCUUUUCUGGAACAGCAACCUCAAAGCUUGGAGCACGUUUGGCUGCCUGGUGGGAGGGCAGACAGAACCGAACAUGACGCACUGCCUCUGCAGCCACCUCACCACGUUCGGGAGCUCCUUCUUCGUGAUGCCCAACCAGGUGGACCUGUCCCGCACGGCAGAGUACUUCGCUACGGUGAAGAAGAACUACGUAGUUCCGGUAUUGCUUGGAUCCUUCUUCACUGCUUAUCUGCUGGCUCUCAUCUGGGCCUGCCAUGCUGACAAGAGAGCUUCCAGGAAGGGUAAGAUCACUUUGGUGAGGGACAACCACCCCUGUGCUCGGUACAGCUACCUUCUCACCGUAUAUACCGGUUACCGCAAAGGAGCCAACACAUCAGCCCAGGUGGAGAUUACCCUGCAGGGUUCGGAGGGUGAGAGCAGGCACUGUCACCUGACGGACUCAAACAAACCACUGUUUGAGAGAGGGGGGGUGGACAUCUUCCUGUUCAGCACUCCCUUCUCCCUGGGAGAACUGCAGACCAUCGUUGUGUCACAGGACAAUUCUGGGGCGCACCCUUCCUGGUACCUGUGUAAAGUGGCUGUUCAGGACCUGCAAACCAGUAGAUACUGGUAUUUCCUGUGCUCCUCAUGGCUGAGCUCGGUGAAGGGUGACGGACUGACCAAAAGAACUUUCCACGUGGCACCUAACAGUGAGAUCACCAGCUUCGGCAAAAUCUUCCAGAACAGGACUUCGACGGGCUUCAGAGAUCAACAUAUCUGGAUGUCUGUGGUGAACCCACCCAACCGCAGUCCUUUCACCAGGGCCCAGAGGAUCUCCUGCUGCAUGUCUCUCCUGCUCUGCACCAUGGCUAUCAACAUCAUGUUCUUCAACGUGCCUCAGAACGCAAAGUCACCUGUCCUCAUUAGCGUCGGCUCCCUGGAAAUCACGCUCGAUGAUGUCAUGAUUGGCAUUGAAAGUGGACUGUUGAUGUUCCCCAUCAACAUCCUCAUUGUCGCCAUAUUCCGCUACACAAAGCCUCGUCUCAGGAUGCGCAAGCACAAGGGCAGCAACACAUGUGACCAGAAGCAUGCUGCUGUCACCAUGUCAACAGUUGUCAAGGAUACAGAGCAGCUGGUCAGCAUCCUCAGUAAGAGCAGGAGGAACAAUGUGUCAGCUCUGGAGAGACCCCUGGAGUCUUAUGCUGACUUGUGUGCAGCGCUGUACACCGUCCAUGACAUUCUCCAGCUAAUUCAAGGGGAGAGUGACAGUGAUUCCCACUGGGCCUACUGCAGCCAGUUCGUCCUCUGCUCCCUCCACCGUCUGGCUGAGACCAUGGAGAGACUGGAUGUCAGGGCCUUCCCUAGCGAAGAGGACUAUCGGGGUGUACAGAACACCGUCACCCUACUUCGGAAGAAGGCAGAGAUGGUGUUUUCCAGUCACAUGCAGAAUGGAUCCAGCCUGUCUGCCCCAAAACAGGAGAAAAGCAAAAGCUGCUGGCUUCCCUGGUGGUUUGUCUUUAUUGGUUGGUUUCUACUGGUCUCCAGCAGUGGGAUUUCCACCUUCUUUACCCUGCUCUACGGUUUUGCGUAUGGCAAGGAGACGGCCAUCAAAUGGGUCAUCGCGCUGGGGCUCUCCCUCUUCCAGAGCAUCUUCAUCCUACAGCCGCUCAAGAUAUUGGGGCUGGCCAUAUUUUUUGCUCUCACCCUGAAGCCUGUGGUGGUGGACGACAGUGAGGAGGUGGGAAUGUUGUUGGCAGAACAACGAAAAAAAUGCACUCAUAUUUCUGAAGGGGCGACACUCUGAGAGGAAGUGCGUUUUUAUUCCAAAUUUGCCAUCCCGCUGUAAAGAAUGAAUGGACAUGAAUUGUCACACGUGGCUUUGAUGUAGCGCCCAGAAUUUCAGACGGUUUCUCUGCGGUCCUGCUCCUCAACACCCACUGCGUUUGCUGUUCAGCCUCAGCUCCUAUUGAUCACGUGUCAUUGACUGAUUAAUGUAACGAACUACUUCAGUGAUUUUCGCAACUUAUUUAACGACUUACAGCAAUUUUUAUAUAAUCGCUACUUAAAUAUUUGUGAAAUAGAUUAUUUGGAAAAAACUGUAACAAAACUGCACAACUUAUAUUCUAUAAUGAAGUACGCAUACACGCAUACACACACAUAUAUGUGAGUCCUUGGUUAAUUGUUCAAGGGUUAACGGCUAACAAAAGAUUAUUGAUUCGUUAAUUUGCGAAUAGUUCAUUAUUUUAAGGGGUGAAGUCAAAUAUACAAAUACCUUUCCAUCAUUACGGUUCAAUUUAACACCACUUCACGUCACUGUUCUCCGUUAUUCAUCGUUCAAGCAAGCAUAAUUAGUUAAAUUCUCUUCUACACCGAAAAUUGGACUUGAUAUACAGCGGUGACUGUUACUUGUGAUUUAUUGUUAAUGUUUCAUAACAAUUGUUUGAUAUAUGAGUUAUGUUACCACAUAAAGGGCAAUGCAAGUAAAACUUUUUAUUAAAUUUAUUGAUAUUUUGCAUUUACCCACUUGGAAAACAUAUGCAAUGUCUGAAAGGUAAAAGUACUGUAUAAGGCAAGCAUACACUGUUAUUUCUAAAUAGGUACAUUACAAACAUGUGGCUGACUGUAUUUGUAAAUACAGUAGAUGCCCUGUUUUUGAAAUGCUACAUUUGAAUAAAUAUUUUGGUUUUAUUUUCAC